ACGGAGAGAGAGAGAGACACACACACACAAAACAGUCCAUUUGGCCGACCGGCCGGGAGUCUUCACCACGCCAGAGGCGGACAAGCUCCGGAGGUUUGGGCGCGAACUUACAAGGGCAACUGAUAAACUAAACGAGCUGGGAGUGGAAAGUCCCACAGGAGGUCGGGCUUCUUCAGCCGUCUCUUCUGUUGCACGAAAUUGAAACAAGGAAGUGAAGCGAGAGAGAGAGAGAGAGUGGAUUGAAGCCAUUUGGGGGGGAGGGGAAAGGGCAGGGAAGGCACCGAGGACGAGCAUCGGCAACCGGGGUUGCGGGUGAUUAGCCAGCCGAGGAAGUGGUUGAGGGUGCGUUGUUGGGGCCGCCGCCUCUUUAAUACUCAGCGACACAAUGCCGCAGCAGGAAACGCCGGGGAACGGAGCCAUGGAGGGGAGCGGGGUCUACGGGAGAACCACCGAGCCCAUCCAGGGCGCCGGGGGCUUCUGCAAUUGCGCCUGUUUCAACACACAAAGAUGUGUUGUGAAGGUGUUGGAAGUGGUCUUUUCGUUUUUGGCUUUUGUUCUGGAGGAGGUGGUGGCAUUCUGUGAGAUCUGUCAUGCACUUUAUUUCUUCGAGUUUGUCAGCUGCAGUGCCUUCUUCCUGACUUUGCUCUUGUUAAUUAUAUUGACUACUUCUCUGAAACAAAAGGUGGACAGAGUCGACUGGAAAAAAGUGGACUUUUAUUAUACUGCUGUGAUAGCGAUAUUUUUCCUGAUUGCCUCCAUUGUGUUUGCAGCCAAGAAUGAGGGAUCUGAUGUGGAGAAAGCUGCUGUGGCAUUUGGAUUCCUGGCAUCGUUUGCCUUCAUGGUGGAUCUUGUGCUAUAUUUGAAAGAAGAGAAAUGGCCCGUUAGCAGAAAAGAAACUACACCAGCUGAGACCACAAGAGGCCCAGAAAAUGUGAAAGGAGAAAUGGAGCCACUGAAUGAGUCUGGAAAUGUACCUGUCUGAGCUACAGAGGCAAACCUCUUGAGUUUUUUUUUACAACUUACAUAUUUUGUGUAUGUCUGUAUUUUGAAUACUCCGACUUGAUCCAACAGAAUAACAAACAAACUGUUCAAAGGUCUCUUAUCCUCUUUGGCCUAACUGGCAGGUGUUUCAUUUUCUAGUUGUGCGAAUCCAACACAUGAUAGAAAGUACUUUCUCUCAUUUAAGCAUGUUUCCUUUAUGUAAAUCUUUAAUAGACUGCACUGUAGGCAAAUGGGAUAAGAUUAAUGAACUUUGUUAUCUGUGGUAAUAUAAUGUGUUGGUGUCUCUUGGACUGAAGCUUCUUUCCUAUUAUGAAGCAUUUACAUUUAUUUUGGAAGCUCAGAUUUAAGUCGCAUCCUAAAUCAUAUCAUUUGUGCCUUUAAUUGCUUAAAUCAAUCUUGUUGUAUAAAAAAUACAAUCUAAUUUGUUCUUAAAUGAUUUUUAAAGCAAAAUGGCAGUACAAGUACACUAAUUUUCACUGUUUUGUUUCCACAACCUAGUCAACUUGCUUGAAGCAAUAAUAUUUAAGUACCCACAUCCUCUUGCCAUUCAUAAAAAGACUGCUUAUUACUUAGCCGAGAAAGGACAUCUGAAAGAUUUCUGACAAUUAGUAAGAUUCUUAAAGCAAUACUGAAGAACCAAAGAUUUUGGACUUCGGUAUUUCAAUAUAUUUUAUCCCCUGCAAUGCUAAUACAAGGAAUUUUCUUGUUCAAUUAAAGUAUCACAAUUGAAGACGUUUUUAAUAGUCAAACCUUUGUUUCUAAUUAACUAACUAGAGCAGUGCAGUAUCAGUUAGGACUGACCCUGCAAAUGAAUUGGUUUUAUUGAGCACAAUUUUAUUGAGCACGUUAGCCAGCCUGAUUUAACAUGCAACUUUAAAAUUCCAUUACUUUGUUACAGUGCUGUGCACUUAAGUUCCACAUAGCAGAAAACACAUGGAAAUUCUUUAAGGGGAAAGAUCAUUGAUGGUUGAACACUAGUCUUUAUGAAGUAACCUGAGGUAAUAUUAGGAAGUUGACUUUAUUAAAGAACGACCACCUUGAGGUGCAUUGGAGAUUAUUUGUGUAUGAAUAUAUUAUUGUGAUGUCCUCAUAGGCUGAUGAACAUGGAAUUCGGUUUGAACAACCAACAUAACAAUGCUCCGUAACUGGUGUAUUACUCUUCAAACUAAAAUAUUUACUCAUUUAUUAUUGAGGGCUUGUGGGUGAAGAGGUAGCCUACCAUUGCCCACAUAGAGAAUGUAGUUGGUAAAAUUAGUAGAACAUGCUUUUAUCAAUAAUUUUUAAAAUUUAUAUGCUUUAAUGUAUGCUUAAAAGCAGCAAGCCAGUGUGUGUCAGUAUGUUCUUCAAUAGAAUAUUGAUUAGAAAAUGUGCUGUGUAAAUCAGAAAUGAAAUGAACACUUUUAGCACGGUGUUAAUCAAGAUAGACUUCAGAAUUUUAUCAUUCACAGAAAAAAAUUGUUUAUAAACUGAAAUAAGGGUUGAAUCUUCACCAAGUGUUUUUGUUUUGUCUUGUUUCUUUGAAAACCAGAAUUGUAGACUUGCACUGGGAAAAGACAAAAAUCCAGUCAGAUAACUGUUCACAAAAAUAUGAUUCUGUUUCUAAUUAUUACAUGAUAUCUACCAAAAUUUGUUUUUCUUUAUAGUAACCUGUUUUCAGCUUUCCAAAAGGAACUGAAUACCUAGCCAUUUUUCUGAUGCCUUAUAAAAUUAACUUUGCCGUUUUUGGUAUUUAAACCUCCACAAUAAAAAUUUACCACUGAAAUUAUCUCAGGCUUGCAGUGUAACAUAAAAACUAAUAAUUGUUUUGUUAAAUUUAAUUUAUUUUUUUUCCUCUACUCUCUCGAUGUUGAGGUUGACAAUCCAUCAGCUGUCCAGGGUAGUAUGUAAAGAAAAGCAGUGUGAGUGCCUCCUUGGCAUAUGCCUAUCUAUCUGUCCUAUAAACCAGGGGUAGGAUAAAAACUUGUAUUUUUCAUUGAAUGAUGUUUGAUUUAAAAUAUUAUGAAUCUGACAUAACAGGUUCUACCGUGGCUUUGUGCUGUAAAUGUGUACACAUGUAUGUAUUUUGUGUGCAGUUGCAUGCAUCAUAGCAGUCUGAAGAAACACUAUUGAGUAUUCAAUAAGAUUAAAAAUGUUUUAGAAUUUUCAUGAAUAUGGCAGCAGCAAAUUUCUAGUGAGGGGGGCUUUCUUUGUCUUUAAUUAACAAAAAGUUUAUUUUAAAUGUGCAUGUUCUAAAAUUUGAGAAAUGCUUGAGGAUUAAUCUGCAGCAUUGUGGUGCAGCAGUUAGUGUUGCUGCCUCACAGUUCAAGGGAUCAAGGUGUGACCAUAACAAGGUGCGUUCUCUGUACAGUUUGUGAAUUCUCUCUGACCAUGUGGUUUUCCUCUGCAUGCUUCGGUUUUCUUCCACGUCGCAAAGAUGCACUGUCAGGUUAAAUUUGCAGGCUAUGGUAAAUUAUCCCUUAACGUAGGUUAAUGGCAUAAACAAUCGAAAGGGAGUUGGUGUGAGAGAUACGGUGCAAGGGUAUAGGGAAAUAAAGAGAUGGAGAAUGAGACUUGUGGGUUUUCUCCCCCAGAAGCCAACAUAGACAAAAUGACUUACUGUUCACUAUAGGUAAAAACGAGUUGUUUUAGUCAUAUCUUUGUAGCUAAACACUUACAUUGGCCAUAUUGAUUUAUUAAUUGCAGUUGAUUGUUGUUGUGAGUAAUGCUUUAGACCUUCUCCUUCACUGUGACUCUGAUUAUACAUGCUUAAAAAAAUCAAGAUGAUAAUUGUUGGUCGAGCCUCCCCAUUUGCAAUUGAUGCGUAUUAAAUUCCAGGUUGUUGAAGGGACAAAUAGUGUUGGUGAAUGAGAUCUAGCACUCUUUUCUAGCAAAUUAUGUUAUAAAAAAUGUUUUGUGCUGAUCUGAGAAGGGAACAUGGGUCUUUCUGUGAAUAUUAAGGAGUGACCAUCAGUGGGUGUAGGUUGUACUCACUCAGAACAUGGCCACAGCGUCCUACAUUAAUGAAAAAUAAUAGACUCCUUGAUCUUUAGCAGACAUUUCUAUCCAGCUUCAGUGGGUUUUCAAAGGACCAGUUGCAUUCAAACUAUUUUUUUUAAUCAAGGGCUGGAUUAUUUGCUGAACAGGUCUAAUUUGAAUCUUUUCUGCAUGUUGUUUGUCAGUUGUCCCCCUAAAACAGGCGUAAAGUUGUGGAUUUCAGGUUUGUACUGUACCCACCCACCCAGACUGCAACUCAUCCUCUUGGAGGGAGGCCUUGGAUCAGCUGGACAUUUUUUUCUGCUAGAGUUCAAUGCAAAUUGUCUCUGAUCUGAGUAUUUUCAGACCAAAUCACAAUCUAAGGAGUUGGAGAGAAACUGUAUCUAUAAAAAGUGUCUUCAACAGGGGAAGUGGAAGAUCAAUCUGUCUUUGGCUUCAGGGUCAACAUCAAUGAGUUUUAACACUGCUAUAUGGCAGGUAGGAAAAUGAAGUAUAGUUAUUUCAUGUAGGCUAUCAAUAGGCAGCCGUAAGGUUAUGCUGUUACUGAUAAUUGUGCUAUUGCAUAGUGACAGUUUUUGUGAAUUGUGCUUUCUUCCCCGUUCAAUAUUGGAUCAAAAUUAGAUUUGACACCCAACUUUGGUGGAUCAGCAGGUAAAGUGGGAAAUAAAGAAGUUGAUAUUAAUGGAGAAUGAUUGAUUGGAAGGCCUGUCUAAUUUUAAUACCUUUAGAUAUGUUGAUGCAUUUAUAUCAUUGAAUAGCUUUAAUGCUAAAUGGCAAUUAUGUUUAAUCCACAUCUGGACAAUUGACUCUCGGAUAUCUGAUGUUUAGCUGAUUGGAUUUUUGGAUUGAAUGUGAAGAGCUGCUGUUGAGAUUUGCUAUUAGAAAAUAAUUUUUGAGCCAAUUGUUUUUCACUAAAAUUAUGCUUGUAUAUCAAACAAGAUAGAAUGAAUAAUAUUGCAAUAAAGUAGAAAUCAACAGUAGUGAGCAGUCUAAGAUUUACUUGGCUCACAUUGCCAUGUAUUAACAGAUCAAAGAUUGAAUCAAUUGCCAUGAGCUCUAUUCUAGUUUAUAGUUGUCCAUUCAGGCAAUUCAUAAUUGUGAUUUUUUUUAUAUAUAGAUGAUAUAAUUACAUUUGGUGGCAAAAUAACUAAGUGUCAAUAUUUUAGUUGCUCACUUAUACUUAAGUAAUUCAUAUUAAUAUGAAUUACUUAAAGUCACACUAUUUCAGUAUGCUCUUUAGAGGACUGAGUAAAGAAGUUUGCAAUAGUGAAACAUUGUAUCUGUGGACAUCAAAAUUCAUUGUAAAAACGUAAUUGGCCCAUUGCUGGAAUUCAAUGUCUUACCCGAACCCAGAGCAUUGUUCGUCUAUAUAGAUGUAUGUAGGAUUAUUGGGUCCACAUAAAUUCCAAUAAUUCAUACUUGUGAUCUCUUAAUAAAUUAGUAUUUCAACUAUAAUUAUGUAUAAUGUAAUUUUUCUCACAUUCCUUUGUAUUUCUAUACUUGAAAUAAAUAAAACUGCUGAAAAUUA